AUGUUGCAGAAAACUGCUAAUUUGCUGAAAUCCAAGCCAUUAAGACAGGAAAGAAAAGUUCUGGACACUGUGCAUGGAGAAAGGCAACAUAUCUGCUCAGUGUACAAGAUAGAAGUAAAAGACAUGACAGAAAAGCUGAAAUUUGAAACUGAGGUGUCCACACUCAGCAAGCUGACAUCUGUCAAGAAUGUGAAGCCCCAGAUUUUAAAGAAGAAAUUCAACCAUUUGAAGAACCUGGAAUUUUCAGAUAUUUCAAGUGAAAGAGAACUUGAAAUUGAUGUCAUCAUUGGAUUGGAAGACCUUUGCAAGCUGAAAACAGGAAACAUGAAAUGGGGAAAUGCUGGUGAUCCUGUUGCAGAAGAAACAACACUGGAUUGGACUCUAAUGGGACCAACAAACUCAGCAGAGGAUCAAAGUUGUUCAAGUUCACUGCUGUUGACAACUGAUAAGGAAAAUCUGAGCAAUCAGAUAGCCAAACUGUGGGAUUUGGAGACAGUAGGGAUCAGGGAAAAAAACUCAGUGGAAGAGAAAUUUGAAGAUACAGUAACUUUCAAUGGAGAGAGAUACAGUGUGCAGUUGCCAUGGAAAUCAGAUAGAGUCAAUUUGCAAACAAACAGAAAUUUUUGUGAAAGGCUGCUAAUUGCGCAACUCAGAAGAUUAAAGAAGGAACCGGAAAUAUUAAAGAAAUAUGAUGAUGUCAUUAAAGAUCAGAUAGAACAGGGUAUAAUUGAGGAAGUACCAGAUCAUCCUACAGGAGAAAGAAUCCAUUUCCUACCACACCAUCCAGUAAUACGUGAGAAUGCGGAGAGCACAAAAGUCCGAGUUGUGUACAACGGGUCAGCAAAAGAAAGAAAAGGAGACAAGAGUUUGAAUGAGUGUUUAUACACAGGACCAUCAUUGCUACCUAUGCUACAUGAUGUGCUGUUGAGGUUCCGGAUGUUUCCAGUGGCGCUUGUUGGUGACAUCAAGAGUGCAUUCCAUCAGAUCUUAGUUGAUGAGAAGGACAGAGACAGUAUGAGAUUCCUGUGGGUGGAAGAUGUCACAAAUGAGAAACCUGUGGUUAAAGAAUACAGGUUUACUAGAGUCAUUUUUGGAAGUGGACCAAGUCCAUAUUUGUUAAAUGCAACAUUGCAAAGGCACCUCAAGAAGUACGAAGAAGAAGAACCAGCAGUUGUCCAAAAUGUCUUACCAAACAUGUAUUGUGAUGACCUUGUGAGUGGAGCUGCUGACAGUACGCAAGCCAUAGAGUUGAAAGACAAAAUUACAGAGAUUAUGAGAAAAGGAGGUUUUCAACUCCAUAAGUGGAAGACCGACCAUGUGGAGGUCAGAAAGCACAUAGAGGAGAAAAGUGAUCAAAAAGAUUCAACUACAGUGACGUAUGCAAAGGAAAGCCUAGGUACCAAAGAUUCACAAAGUAAAAUUUUAGGAUUAAAAUGGAAUCCAGAAGAGGACACACUAGGAAUUAGUAUGGAAGCAGUGCUAGAUGUGAAGAAUGGUAAAGUGACGAAGAGAGAAGUCCUAAGCAGACUGUCAAAGGUAUAUGACCCACUGGGUAUUGUGGGCCCAGUUGCAGUUACUGCAAAGCUGAUAUUCCAAGAUAUCUGCAAGGAAAACAAGGAUUGGAAUGAGCCAGUAAGCCCAGAGAUUGAAAUGAGAUGGAAGAAAUGGAUGCAAGCUGUUUCAAGGUUGACUGAACUCAAGAUUCCCCGAUGCAUUAUGCCAGCAAUCGGUGGACCAAGGAAGAUUUCAAUUCAUGUUUUCGGUGAUGCAAGCAAGGCUGCAUAUUGCACUGCUGUAAACCUUGUAUGGCACCAUGAAAACGAGUCAGGUGCACACCUUGUUACUGCAAAGACAAGGUUACCUCCAAUAAGGAAAGAGAUGACAAUACCCAGGUUGGAACUAACAGCAGCAAGGAUCGCAGCACGUUUGUUGAAAACAGUCAGAGAAACUCUAAAGAACUGGGAGCCAGAAGAGUCAGUUUUGUGGUCUGACAGCAGCACAGUUCUACAUUGGCUAGAGAAUCGAGGUCAAUACAGACAGUUUGUCCAGCGAAGAGUAGAUGAGCAACAAGCAUUAACAACGGAUGUAAAUUUAAAAUAUGUGCCCACAGCUGAGAAUCCUGCAGAUUUGGGCACAAGAGGAUUGUCUCCCCAGCAAUUAGAGCAAAGCAAGAUUUGGUUGAAUGGACCAGAGUUCAUAGUGGAUGGAAAUUAUCCCCACCAGCCUCACCUGAUCGAAACAGUUGAAAGCAAGGCUGAAGAAAGACAGUGUACACUUCCAAUUGCUGAAGAAGAACCAAGUCUGUCAAUCAACAAUUUAGUGCCUGCGGAAAACUAUGGCUCAUAUGGCUAA